AGUCAGUCAGUUACAAAAAUACAAAGCAAGAGUACAGAACACAAAUAUCGAGAAGAAAGCAAACAAAAGCGCAUUGUGUGAAUUUUUUAAACAAAACACAAGUUGUUAAUAAUAUAUAUAUAUAGAGCAAGUGAUAAACAAAUUUGAAUAAAACUGCAAAUAUUGCAUUUUUUUGUAAAUUAGAAUAAUUAAUUGUUAUUCCAAAUUAGUAGUAUAAUAAAUACACCUCAGUGAACAGAAACAAGAAAAAUCAAAAUGAGAUUAUUCGCAUUUUUGGCCGUAGUGGCCUUUGUUGGCCUCGCCCUUGCUGACGAGAAAAAGGAUAAGGACAUUGGCACAGUCAUUGGCAUUGAUUUGGGUACCACCUACUCUUGUGUUGGUGUUUACAAAAAUGGACGUGUUGAAAUUAUUGCCAACGAUCAGGGUAACCGUAUCACUCCAUCCUAUGUUGCCUUCACCGCCGAUGGCGAACGUUUGAUUGGUGAUGCCGCCAAAAAUCAAUUGACCACAAAUCCCGAAAACACCGUAUUCGAUGCUAAACGUUUGAUUGGCCGUGAAUGGACCGAUACCAAUGUCCAACACGACAUCAAGUACUUCCCCUUCAAGGUUGUCGAAAAGAACUCCAAGCCACACAUUAGCGUUGAUACUUCCCAAGGCAAAAAGGUCUUUGCUCCUGAAGAAAUCUCUGCUAUGGUCUUGUCCAAGAUGAAGGAAACCGCCGAAGCCUAUUUGGGCAAGAAGGUUACCCACGCUGUUGUCACUGUCCCAGCUUACUUCAACGAUGCCCAACGUCAAGCCACCAAAGAUGCCGGCGUCAUUGCUGGUUUGAAUGUCAUGCGUAUCAUCAACGAACCUACCGCUGCCGCCAUUGCCUACGGCUUGGACAAGAAGGAAGGUGAAAAGAACGUCUUGGUCUUCGAUUUGGGCGGUGGUACCUUCGAUGUCUCCUUGUUGACCAUUGAUAACGGUGUCUUUGAAGUCGUUUCCACCAACGGUGAUACUCACUUGGGUGGUGAAGAUUUCGAUCAACGUGUCAUGGACCACUUCAUCAAGUUGUACAAGAAGAAGAAGGGCAAGGAUAUCCGCAAAGACAACCGUGCCGUCCAAAAAUUGCGUCGUGAAGUUGAAAAGGCCAAGCGUGCUUUGUCCAGUGCCCAUCAAGUCCGUAUUGAAAUUGAAUCCUUCUUCGAAGGUGAAGACUUCUCUGAAACUUUGACUCGUGCCAAGUUCGAAGAAUUGAACAUGGACUUGUUCCGUUCCACCUUGAAACCCGUACAAAAGGUCUUGGAAGAUGCUGACAUGAACAAAAAGGAUGUCCAUGAAAUUGUCUUGGUUGGUGGCUCCACUCGUAUCCCCAAGGUACAACAAUUGGUCAAGGACUUCUUCGGAGGCAAGGAACCAUCCCGUGGUAUUAACCCCGACGAAGCUGUUGCCUAUGGUGCUGCUGUCCAAGCUGGUGUUCUCUCCGGUGAACAAGAUACCGAUGCCAUUGUCUUGCUCGAUGUCAACCCCUUGACCAUGGGUAUUGAAACUGUCGGUGGUGUCAUGACCAAAUUGAUUCCCCGCAACACUGUCAUCCCCACCAAGAAGUCUCAAAUCUUCUCCACUGCUUCCGAUAACCAACACACCGUCACCAUUCAAGUCUACGAAGGUGAACGUCCCAUGACCAAGGAUAACCACUUGUUGGGCAAAUUCGAUCUCACUGGCAUUCCCCCAGCUCCUCGUGGCAUUCCUCAAAUUGAAGUCAGUUUCGAAAUCGAUGCCAACGGUAUCUUGCAGGUCAGUGCUGAAGAUAAGGGCACCGGCAACAAGGAAAAGAUUGUCAUCACCAACGACCAAAACCGCCUCACCCCCGAAGACAUUGAACGUAUGAUCCACGAUGCUGAGAAAUUCGCCGAUGAAGACAAGAAACUCAAGGAGAAGGUUGAGAGCCGCAACGAAUUGGAAUCCUAUGCCUACAGUCUCAAGAACCAAAUCGGUGACAAAGAAAAACUCGGUGCCAAGUUGAGCGAAGACGAAAAGGUCAAAAUGGAAGCUGCCAUCGAUGAAGCCAUCAAAUGGUUGGAAACCAAUGCCGAUGCCGACCCCGAGGAAUACAAGAAACAAAAGAAAGACUUGGAAGCCAUUGUCCAACCCAUCAUUGCCAAGUUGUACCAAGGCACCGGUGGUGUACCACCCACAGACAGUGAUGACAACGAUGACUUGAAGGAUGAACUGUAAAUCGUUCCCCCAGCGAUAUAUAGGUUCUAGCUCUAGUUUAGUUGUAGUUCGCAGUUUAGUUAAAGAAAAGAAACAAACAAGCAGACUGAUACACAUUUAAUAAAUCAACAAACAUUUGUGUUAAUACAAAAAAUGAGAAAAUACACAACAUAAAAGAAAAUAUUUAUUAAAAACAAAAAAGACACGCUUUUUCCUUUCAAAAAAUACAACCGUUAAUAUUGACACACAGACAAGAUAGAUGCAUUUCCAGCUAUUGUAAAAAAGCGAUAAAUCCAAUGUUGAUUACCAUUGUUUCCCAAAAUCAACUUCAGUUGUUCCCAGACCAUUUCCAAACGCCUAAACAUGUUAGCAAUUUUUUUUUAUAAUUUAAAUUAUUAGUUCCAAAUAAUAAAUUCAAUUAAUUUUUUUAUCAUUUUGUAAUAAGCUACAAAAACACUAAAAAUAGAAAUCUUCGAUUUUUAAGAAGAAUUUUUAAUUUAUUUCACUUUUUCCAAACUUUAAAUAUAAAAUACUUAAAUUUUUGAGAAAAAAAGAAGAAAAAAUACUUUAAUAAAAAAUUAUAAAAAAUAUA